AUGCGGGAUGUAGCCAAGAUUAAUAUGGCAGAUGAUGGAGUAACCAUACGGAAAGCUGUAAAUGAACAUACCCACGAGCCUCCUUCAUAUUAUAUUACAAAAUCUGGCUAUAAACUCAUACAAAGUCGUUACAAACACAAGUUGCUGAUGCUGAAUGGUUACACAUUUGCAUCAUCAUCGAGUAAACGCAAUUGGUACUGUUCUAAGAAGAAUACUGGAUGUAAAGCCAAGAUUCAUAUGGCUGAUGAUGGAGUAACCAUACGGGAAGCUGUGAAUGAACAUCAUCACAAGCCUCCUUCAUAUUAUAUCACAAAAUCUGGCUACACGCUAAUACCAGGUCCUUUCAAACACAAGUUGCUGAUGAUAGACGGCUUCACAUUUGCGCAAAUGGGUAACCGGUACUGGUAUUGUUCCAAGAGGAAAUUUGGGUGCAAAGCACGGGUCAAAAUGGCUGAAGAUGGACGGACGAUAUCGGAAGCGAUAAUUGAACAUGCUCACGAGCGUCCUACGUAUCAUGUCACGAAAUCGGGUGAAUUCAUCUUUUUCAAAAGUUAAACAUGUUGGAACAAGGAGCCAGUACAAAGGUCAUAAUUCGACCACUUGAGGAAAACACUUGGGAUUCUUGCCUCACUAGAACUACUCUCGCCGGAUGAGGCAUAAGUUUUGUAGCGAAUAUUCAAUAUUUGUUUUCUAAGAUUUAAGUCUGUCGUGAAUAUUAAAUAGUUUUGUGGAAUAGAGAUCUAUGUAAUAAUGUAUUUAUUUAUUUAUUCCACACAUAUUACAUUCCACAUGUUUAUUGAAAAUUCCCUAAAAUUACAUUUAAAUAAUACUUCCGAAAAAUAUAUAUAAUAUUUAAAAAUAUGAAAAAGGACCCGACCAGUAGCGAGAUCAUGGUCCAAGUUACCGGUGGUUAAAGCUCCAUCAUCAGAAACCUGACGAUACGUGCCGUUUCAAGGAGAACUACUUAUAUUAUAUUUAUUACAUUUAUCAUUACAGACUAAAAUACUGAAUAUCUAACUGAUUUAUUUUUUCUUAUAACAGAUAUAACCAACUGAGUAUGUUUAUAGUUCUCUUAUAAUUCUGUACAUGUGUUCAUACGAUUAUAGGAUUUGGAUAAGGCCGAACCAAUUUCGAUGAAACACAGCUACAUGGUAUAGCAUAUAGCUAGGCUGGCUAUAUAGUUCCAACUCCUUCGGUAUUGCAGAGUGCCAGCUCAUCACAAUGUCUUCUGGCAAACAACUGGUGUACUACAACGGUUACACGUUCUCGUUCCGGAAUCCAUCACGAAGGCACGCUUAUUGCUCCAAGUAUAUUUUGAAGAAGUGUCCAGCCCGGCUUAAGUUACAUCCUGAUGGCACUCUGCGCACUGCCACAAACACGAUGGAACAUAAUCACCCGCCUCCCAAGUUGUAUAAAAAUUAUGACGGCAAGUUUUUUACUGUAGUAUAAAACUUGAAUAACUGCAAAUGCCACGUCCUAAGGCCUUAGUACGAAUUUGUUUUACGUUGAAAGUAAUAGAUACGAGUACGCUUUCGGCGCUGUGAUUGGCCGGCUCCAAUGAACCAACCAAUCAGAGCGGACGAGGUUUCGUUUCGAUUACUUUAAAUGAAAAAGAAAAUUCGUACUAAGGCCUCUGUUCAUAAUUGGGUAUUUGCCUAACUAACUAGUCAAAUACAAUACUUUUUUCGAACUGUCAAGAACGACAGUUUUCUAUGAAUUUUGUACGAGAUCGUGUAUUGUGACGUCACGUUUUCUUAGCGUCAAACAGAUUACUUAUUUCUUAAAAAUUUGC